AUGGUGCUGACCAGCUCGAAGGCGAAGGCUGUUUUCCAGCAGUUACCUAGGCAUGGUGAUCUGGGUGAGCCAGGCGAGGGUGUUGAUGCUUGGCCCCUUGGAGGGCAUGUUGACGACGUAGUUCUGGCAGUUGGAAUUGACGUUUGCUUCGGUCCCGUAGAGCUCGAUGGCGGUCCCGAUCAGCCCCGUGAGCCAGAGGACGAAGAGGACGAAGCAUCCGAGGAUGAUGAUGUCGGGCAGCAGCAGGCCGCGCUGGAUGAGGAAGAGCAUGAAGAAGACGAACAGCAGGCCCAGGCCGGCGGUGGCCACCAUCAAACAAUUGUCUACGCAAUGGACAAGAAGAAGAAGAAGAAGAAGAAGAAGACGAAGAGAAGAGCUAACCAUGGCGUCGAGACGGAGAGCUGGGUCUGGACGAAGAGGAACCAGCUGAAGAUGCCCAGAGAGGGCGAGAGAGUCAAGAUAGUCGAGAUGUUUGCUGGAGAUGGAGAUGCCGUAGGGAUGGACGGGAAAGCCGCCGCGGUGCGACUCAGCAGGAGAAGCCUCUUGCUCCCAUCCGCCAGGCCAGACAGACAGGGAGAGAGAGAGAGAAGAGUCGGACGGGAUGAUGCAGCGCUGUUCCAAUCUGCGGCGGCCACCUGGUGGUUUGCUGGCUGUUUGCUGUUUGCUGGCUUGUACUGCGUGGUGUCAACGCAACGAGACGAAGGAGACGAAGAAGACGAAAAAGACGAAGAAGACGACGAGACUGCCAGUGGCUUCUGUCAAAGACGUCCACGUCGAAGUCGCAGCUGCAUCGACGGAUAG